AUGACGGACGACGCCAGAAUCAAAUAUUCGGAUAUCUAUUGCAAUUCCGAUCGAGAAUACGCCAACAUUUGGGAGUUGUGCUAUUCGGGACGUGCCACAAGAAGAAAUCCAGGAAAACUCUGGAUUACAGAUCCUUAUACGAAUAAUGUCACCGUUUCACUUCCUAUUCAACAACCACAGCAGAAUUUGGAGCCAGUAAAAGUUCAGAGAACAACAGGAAAAACGGUUGCACCGAAAAAAGCGAAAAAGACCGCUUCAGUUGAAAGAAAUAGAGCAAAAUCACUCGCACCGCCGAAAUCUGUCAGAACUCGUGCUAAAGUGAGUAGAUCUGAAAAGUUUGAACAAUCCAAAACAAAAAGAGAACUUAUUUCAGGCUGCUCCAGAUUCAGUUGCAAAGCCAAAUUCGGCUAAUGAAGAGAUUGUCAAUGUUCCAACAGCUUCUGAUGUUACUAGAAAUAGAGCAAAAUCAAAUGCACCGCCAAAAUCUGCUCCAGUUUUGACUCGUUCUACUUCAAAAGAAGCAACAGAUUUUGAUGUUUCAACAACUCAGGCUGUCAGAACUUCGGUCAGACGUCGCACAAAAUCGGCAAAAGUAAGAAUAAAUCUGAAUUUAAGAGAUAAAAAACAGAAAAUGUUAAUUACAGGCAGCUCCAGUUUCAUCACGUUCUGAUUCAAAAGAAACUUCCCCGCAAGAAGAUAUUGUUGUUCCAACAGCUUCUGAUGUCUCCAGAAAGAGAGCAAAAUCAGCUGCACCGCCGAAACUUGCUCCAGUUUCAUCUCGUUCGGAUGCAAAAGUAAUUUCUCCAGAAGAUCUUCUCGAUGUUCCAACAGAUUUUGAUGUUACACCAACUCCAAUUGUUGAAAAUCCGGUUAGAAGUCGUGCGAAGACAGUAAAAGUAAGAAUAAAAUGAAAUUUGGAAGACAAAAACUAUGACAAUUUAAUUACAGGCAGCUCCAGUUUCAUCACGUUCUGCUUCAAAAGAAUCUCCCCCACAAGAAGAUAUUGUCGAUGUUCCUGCAAAUUCUGAUGCUCCAUCAACUCCAGUCGUCAGAACUUCGACCAGAAGUCGCGCAAAAUCGGCAAAAGUGAGAGUAAGAUGAAGUUUGGAAGACAAAAAAUACAACAAUUUAAUUACAGGCAGCUCAAUCUUUGUCUGAUUUGGUCGCUGAAGCAAAUUCAACAUCUUCAGAAGAAGAUCUUACAGAUUUUCGAACAUCUGAUUCAGUUCAAGUAAGUUGUUGCUAGUCAGUUUGAAAUUCAAGAAAAGUUAAUUUCAGGCAAGUCCAGUUCAUCGAACCAGAUCAGUUUCAACUAAGAAAACAACAAGCUCCGAAUCCGAGCCAACUGCCAGCAGAAACUUGUCGAAAACUAUUAAGAAAGAGGGAGAACCAGCCACCAGAAAAAGAAGUGGAUCAACUUUAGCUGAUCAGGAUUCAACUGGAAAAAGAGCACGAACUGUUGUUGAUGAGCAGGAAUCUGAAGAGAUUCAGUCUUCCUCUUCAUGUCACACAACUCGAUCAAAGGCCAAGCCUGAACAAGCCAGAUUUACGUUUUAUGAACAAAUUUCUGAAAAUGCGAAGAAUCUCAAGAAAACUUUGAAGGCCACGAAUUUCGAUGAGUUGGCCGGCGAAUUAUUGAUCGAAAAAGAAAAGUCGAAGAAAAAAGUGCAAUUUAAAGAUGAAGUCGUUGUGGUAUUUGAUGAAGUAGAAGAAUAUGAGGAAGAAGAGGAAAGAGAAUUGGAAGUUGUGGAACACAGAGAAGGCGAGCAUACUGAUGAUGACAGACAAUUGAUGGUUAGUGUUUCUGAUAAGGAAACUGUUUGAAAUUGAGAUAGUUUUGACCUGAUAAACACGAUCUCGUUAUCAAAAACUGCAAAGCUCAACUCCUACUAUGAGUUAUGACGUGGCAAAUUUGGAACAUUUCGAAAAAUCGAGAUUUUACGAAUAGCGAUGCUUUGAUGAAACCCAUUUUGAAAGCUAGUUAUAAUCUCCUAAAAUUCCACCUUUUCGAAAUAUUGCUACUUUGCCACGUCAUAAGGUAUAUUAGAAUGAAAUCCCGAUUGGAAGCCCUAUAAAUCCAGUUUCUCUCAUGAUUUUUCAAAAAAAUAUUUGAAUUUUCCAGAAGUUCGUAAUCGAUGCAUUUCGUCAAAAUCCGGAAAUGUUCGCAGAAAUCGAGAAUGAUAUGGAUAUGUUUAGUGAUUGGUACAACAACGAGUUCUUGGUUGGAAUGGAGAACUGGGUGAAGUUCAUGAAUGAUCCGGAAGGAAGCGGAAUCGAGGAUCGGGACAAGGGAAAGUUCAUUGCCGAAGAGCAAGGUGAGAUGAGAAGCCGAACAUUUUUGGGUUUUUAUCGAUUUUUUUUGCAGAUGAUGGAACAAUUGUUGAAACUCCAGUUGAACCAUACCCGGUGAUUUUUCCAUUGGACAUUAAAGAAAGACUUCGAGAUCGACUUUAUGCAGAGCAAGAAAGAAGAGCCGCUGAUAUUGAGCGAAAUGAAGCGGUAAGUCCAUUUGGGGAUGACAAUUUUCAAAGAGACUUUGAAAAUUAUCUCAGAAAAUCUUUUUUAAAAAAUGAUUUUUCAACUGCCACGUCAUAAACAAGAGGUCACGUCAAUAUUCGAGAAAUUUCAGUGAUUUUCACAUUUUUAGCAUUUUUUUGAAAUCACAAAAAUGAUCCUGAAAAAUUUCAGUUUUUUAUUCAUCCUGAAUUUUUGAGAAAUUUCUGAAAAUUACAGAGUUUCAAUUUUUGAUAAAACAAUUUCACUGCAAAAAUCGAAAAUCCAAAUAUUCUCAGAUCGCUGAGCUAAAGGCGAGAAAUGAUCGCCAAAGAAUCUUCCUUCUCCACCAAAUCCGUCAAAGAAAUGCUCAAGCCAACGCUAACAACACAAAUUUCUUUAACAAUUUCCCCAAAUAA